UUAUCAGCAUUUCUCUCCUCACGAGCUGUCACGCUGACAGCUUGUGGGGAGAGGAGAGCCGGUAAUCGGCAUUCCUCAGAGGGGACAUGUACACUGAUCAUCAGGGCACUGAUGAUCAGUGUGCCCCGAUGAUCAGUGUAGCCCCAGCAAUGCCACCUGUCAGUUUCCAUCAGUGCCAGCUGUCAGUGCUCAUCAAUGCCACCUGCCAGUGCCCAUCAGUGCCACAUAUCAGUGCCUAGCAGUGCACAUCAAUGCCACAUAUCAGUGCCCAUCUGAGCUGCCUUUCAGUGUCACCUAUCAGUGCCACUUAUCAGUGCUGCCAAUCAGUGACGCCUAACAGUGCCAGUCAGUGCCACCUAACAGUGCCAGUCAUCAGUGCCGUCUAUCAGUGCCACCUAUCGGUGCCAUAUGAGUGCUGCCUUUCAGUGCCCAUCAGUGAUGCCUGUCAAUGCCCAUCAGUG